CGCAGUCGGUCCCGAAACGAGAUGCCGGCUCAGGGCCAGCGUGGGGAGUGCGUGCGCGGAGGGACCAAGCCGCAACCUCACGCGGCUCCAGCUCACGGGAUGGGGUCCGCGCCCAGCCUCUCCCGCCCGCCGCCUCGGUGCCGGGAGUGGCCAAUGGGUUCCUGAAGUGGCUGUGUUCCUGGCCAAUGAGGGCAGACACCGCCCCCUCGCCUCUAGUUGGCAGGACCAAGAGCGCGGGAGUGCUCACUUCCACUUUCCCAAGGGAAGAGAGCCCGCGGGGAGCCCUCCGUGCCACGUCUGCUCAGCUCUUGCGAAUCCCGAGGCAGCGAUCACCGGCCCCGUGGACACACUCCGCAUCUGUGAGUGGUGCUCUGGUCCUCUGGGACGUGGAGCUCCUAGGGGUGGUCGUCAAGAGCACUAGGCCAAACCUUGGUCCUGAGCCGAGAAGUUUUGGGGUCAUCGCAAGUGGGAGGGUAAAUCCAACCGUGGUUUCUCUGACUUGGCCACUAGCAGAAGUGAGUCAUAGUUUCUCAGAAGUCAUCAUGAACUCCAUGAAACCUGAAGAGAACAAGUCAUUCACUGCUACAGAAAAUGGCCGGGGUACCAGACCUGAAGAUUCACAGGAUACUGUCAUGAGGCGGACAUGUCCUGGCACACCUGCUGCUCAUUCUCUGUCUGACAGGAAAGAGCAUAGCAGUCCCAUUAAGCUUAAAAGUGAAGUCAAGCAGGAAGCCUCUGUGGAAAUUCAGAACCGAGACUUGAGCACCAGUAAAAAAUGUUCUUUUACUUUUACUUUGAGUAAAAGCUCCGGGAAAUCAGACCGUAGUGUGUUUCGAGGCCAUGGUAAACCCACUGAGAGUAUCUACUCAGCUCUGAUAGCUAAGGAAAAUUUCAGUGAAAGGAUGGGGAAUCAUCUUAAUAAGAACAUCCUUGUUUAUGAAGAGAAAACUAUAGGCGGAUAUGUAAAUUUAGGAAUGCCCCUCAAGUGCCUACCUGAAGAUUCCCAUUUUAAAAUAACAUUUGGUCAAAAAAAGGGUAACCAGGAUCAGAUGUUUCGCCAGUGUGAAGAUCCAAACAUGGAAUGCGUUCUUUUUCACAUUGUUGCUGUUGGAAGGAAUAUAAAGAAGAUUGUCAAGAUCAAGGAACUUCAUGAAAGAGGAAGUACACUUUGUGUCUAUGCCUUAAAGGGUGAGACUAUCAAAGUAGCUCUAAGCAAGGAUGGCCGAUUUCGGUCCGACCUUGACAAAUAUGAAUGGAAAGUAAUGGAAGAUCAUCAGAAAAUUCAUGGAAAGCAGUCCCUGGUGGAUGAAGUAUGUGGAAAAACCUUAGAAAUGGACAUUUUUAAGAAACAGGUCAGGAGAAGUGCUCCUAAAAAAAUUAAUCAGAAUGAAAAUGCCACUGAUGAAAUCAGUCCCUGGGAUCAGAUACAGUCUGAGAGCAAAGAACACGAACCAGAGACCGAUGGGGAAACUGAAGUUGUAGAGUCCACCAGAGAAAAACUCGUCCCACCUCAGAGUCUAGGGCAUGGUAUUGAAGGUAAAAAACGACGCACAAUUUCCAGAAUGAGGAGGUAUUAUAAUAGUUUUAACAGAAAACACUGGAGGAACAACUCAAGACAUAGGCAAAGGCCCCAUGUGCGUAUGAUGCAUGUUUUUCAAGCCAUGCCGAGGAUGGCGACUAACCUCUGGCUAAAGAAUUGCCAAAUAUUGGACAAAAGUAUAAUGGAUCAAUAUCCAAAUUUUAAUGGGGAGGCACUUUGGAUGAGUAAGUAUUUUCAGAAUGAACGGAAGAGAACCAAACUGACAACCUUUCAACAAUUCAAUGUAUAUAAAAAGUACUUUGGGAAAGUGACUGAAAAUUCUACUGCAGUUGCAACCUAUGAAGCUCUUAUUCAUCUUAGUGAGUCAGUUGGGUUCAUGACAUGGGACAAUAAUGGAAAUCGAGGGUUUGCUACUUGUUUUGUCUUCAAUCAUGGUUAUAUUUUCACCUGUCGACAUGUAAUACAUCUUAUGGUGGGAGAAGGCACAGAUCCAAGUUUGUGGCCAGCUAUAAUAAGCAAAUGUGCAAAGGUAACUUUCACUUACAAAAGGUUCAGGCCUGUUAACGUUGAUUGGUAUGACAUUGAGCCAUGGUUUGAAGUGUCUGAUGGACCUCUAGAUUAUGCCAUUCUAAAGCUAAGCAAAAAUGAAAAUGGAUUCCCUCCAGGACUGUUUGGACGAAUUUCCUCUCAACCGUCUAGUGGUUUGGUUUAUUUAAUUGGUCACCCAGAAGGCCAGGUCAAGAAGAUAGAUGGCUGUGCUGUGAUUCCUCUAAAUCAGCGGUUAUUGAGGUACCCAGAACAACACCAAGAUGGGAUGGUAGGACCCCAUGCUGCCCCAUAUAAUGCUUUCUCCAUGUUCACCCAAAAAAGUUUCCUACCAGAACUUUGGAGAACUGACACACUUAGCUAUGAUACCAGCUUUUCCAGUGGAUCCUCUGGCUCCCCAGUGUUUAAUACAUCUGGCGAAUUGGUUGCUAUUCAUACCAUUGGGCAUUUUUACAACCAUGGAGGUAAAAUCCAAGCCCUUAUUGAAUAUGGCUAUUCUAUGGAUUCAAUUCUUUGUGACAUUAAACAGAAAAAUGAGAGGUUUUAUAAAUUCUUAAACGAAGAGAAAAACGAGAACCAUAACAAAGACCAUAACAAACAAGAGUUGUCACUUCACGAUAAUCAGAUUGAAUCCAUGGAAUAUUAGAAAAAAGGUUUUUUUUUUUUCAAGAAAAUAUGCCAAUAAUUUAGAGUAUUUGGGGCUGUUUCCUUAAAGUAUAAUGAAAAUUCUUUUAAAUUAAAAAAGUUUUAGAGAAUCAUGUGGAUAUGCAAAACACAUAUAAGAGUUUAAGUAAAUUCUGAUUUAUUUUCUAAUUUUUUUUUUUUUAUUUGAAGCUAUCUCAAGCCUCUGUUAUAUACAUACAAAGAAUUUGGUAUUUACUGUUCUGAAUGCUUAGGAGGAUACAUCCAUCCCAUCUUCCUAACUGGUAAGGUGACCCCAUUCUCUGCAUCACAAAAUAAUGGGUAAAUAGACUUUAGAGGGAAGGAAAAAAGACUUGUUGUUCCUCUAAAACCCCAAAUUCUUUGGUAAUCUUAAUGUUUUUUCUCUUUUGUGUCACCUGUAACAUCAGCCCCUAUUGCAAAUGCCCACAGAAAAUCCUAGCUUUUCUGUCCUUUCCUCUAGUUCUGCCCUUCUGUGGAGGAUAGAAGCAUGACUUGCUAAGUCUCCAUGCCGACCCUCUCUUAUCCGUAGUCUAGGAAGCUAAAAUAUAAAUACAUCAGUCUAAGUUGCAAGUUAAGAUUCGGGUAUGAAAUAGAUGCACUUGCCUGUUAUCUGGAAGAUAGAGAUAAGAUGGAAAUUGUCUUUUUUUCUCCAUCUUCUGGCAGACUAUGUCAUAGAUGUAUUUACCCACUCCCCUAGAUAGUCCAGAAUUUCUGAGUGAUGUGCCUGUCUCCAUCACAUCAGGAUGCAGCUUUUUGUGGUCUAGAGAUGAAUCCUACCAUUCCCUUUCACCCUACUCACAUACCCAAUACAGCAUAGUAGAGUAUGGCCAGAAUCCAACCGCUUAAAAUAAAAUUUCCACUCAGAAAAGUGAGUGGAAAAUACAACAGUCACUGUCCCAUGGCAGUGAUCCAGUUCUGUUGUAUCUAUGGUGCUUUAUUCCCCAGAUCCCCUGCAUGAAUGGGCCCUGAAUAUCGGUGUUUCUUUGUGACCUGACCUCUAAGUCAUAAUUGAUAGAAUUUUUUAUAGGCACAGGGUUCAAACUAAAGUUCUCUCCCAUGAUCCAGACCUAGAAUAUACAAUUGCUAGUCAGUUUUGGACUGAGAACCUGUACGUUCUGGAAGUAUGCAGUGACUUUGCUCAUAGAGAAACAUAAACCUGACACUCCUAUAUGGUAGGAUGGAUGAUGACCCACAAUGCUAUCUAGGUCCUACUACCUAGAAGCUUUGAAAGUUAAAUUAUGUGGUAAAAGGGACUUUGCUGAUGUGAUUAAAUAAGAAUUUUGAGAUGGGAGGAGUAUGCUGACUUAACCCAAGUUCUGAGUGUAAUCACAAGUGUCCAUAUGAGAGGGACAUGGAGAGAGAUUUGAGUACAGAAGAGAAGAAGGUUGUGAGGGAAAAGCACACAAAGGAAUGCCAGACCACAGCCUAAGUCAUAAAGGCAGCUUUUCCAAGCUGGAAAGGGCAGAAAAUGGAUUCUUCCCUCCAGACUCCAGAAGGAACUGUCUCCCGACCAAACUCCAGAAGCAACUGAUGCUGACAUUUUGCUUUUCCUCUCCUAAGAUCCAUUUUGCCUUUCUGACCACCAGAUAUGUAAGAUAAUAAAUUUUGCUGCUUUAAGCCAUUAAAUUUGUGGUGAUUUGUCACAAAAACAAUAGGAAACUAACAUAAAGAGACAGAAAAGUCAUGCUGGAAAUAUGAAAUUAAGCCACACAACUCAACCUAUCCAGCCCUCUGAUAAAAGGCUAAUCAGAAAAACGAAACUUUCAGGGUUCCUGGGUGGAUCAAUUGGUUAAACAUCUGCCUUUAGCUCAGGUCAAUAUCCUGGGGUCCUGGAAUCGAGCCCCACAUCAGACUCCCUGCUCAGCGGGGAGUCUCUUUCUCCCUCUUGCCUUCCCCCUGGUCAGGCUUGCACUCACUAUCUCUCUCUCUCUCGUACACACACAAUCUUAAAACGUAUAUUUAUUUUCUUCUUGGGAAUAAAUAAAAUCUUAAAAAGGAAAAGAAAACCAAACGUUCACUGAUGGCCACAUAAUUUAGUUCGGUAGAGUAUCUCAAAACUCUUGAGGGCACCCAGGAUCAAAAACUGAACUUUUGGGGCACCUGGGCGGCUCAGUCGUUAUGCAUCAGACUUCAGCUCAGGUCAUGAUCCCAGGGCCCUGGGAUCGAGCCCCGCAUCGGGCUCCCUGCUCAGCGGGAAGCCUGCUUCUCCCUCUCCCACGUGCCCUGCUUGUGUUCCCUCUCUUGCUAUCUCUCUGUCAAAUAAAUAAACAAAUGAAUCUUAAAAAAAAAAACUGAACUUUUGAAAGUUCCCUUGGAAUAUUUUGUCAGAGGAAAUGGACAGUAGCAGAGGAGACAAGUUUCAAAAUAGACUUUUAAUUUUAAAGCAUAGAAGCAUGAAAAAGCAGGAUUCUUUCAUGAAAGAAGACUUCAAAGUGGCAAAUGUUGCUUUGAAAGAGCUAUCCUGGCACUAAUUGACAUUGGAUGAUUUUAAUUCUGAGAGGUCUCUCACCAUAAAGAGUAAACACCAAAGUUCAAGCUUCCAUUUUUCUGUAAUAAUGGAGGACAAAAUAUUAUACAAGGGUGGGUUAAGUAAUGCAUAGACCUGAAAUCAUUGGAUGUUUUUGUGCUAAUACACAUUAUCAGGUUUGUGUUUGAAAAUGGUAUUUUUUUCACUGAUAAGAAAGGCUUGAAAUGGGCAAUGGCACUAAGCAAUAUUUCUUGGCAGUGCGUUUCCAUCAAUGCCAGCCACAAGGAAUAGCAUUAAACCCCACAUUUCUCAGUGCAUGACAUUUUUCUUCUUUAUCAUAUGCCACCGCCAAAUAAAAUGGCAUUUUUUUCUGAAUAAAAUACUUUAUAAAAUGAAAACAAUUUUCUUCAUGUAGCCUUGGUAUUGGUAUGUGGGGACAGUGUAACACAUUUUCAUCUCACAAGACUGUUCCAUCACAGUCCAAGAGAUAGGGUCCCCCUCUGGACCCAGCACACCAAAUCCUGGAAAAUUCUGGAGGCAGCAUUCAAUGUAUUUCAAGCCCAUAUCAUUUUUUCCAAAGUUCCACUGUUCAUCCACAAGCCCCACAUGGAGGCAUCCAAGAUGUUCGGAAAGCUUCCUUUCCUGUCAACAAAAGAAUGUGCAUUCAUUCAGCCAAUACAGAACACCAGGAUUGCAGAAAAUAAAUAUGACAUCAGCCCUUUCCUUGAGGAUCCCACAGCCUAGAAGAAGAAACAGACAGACAAAAACUACUAAUUCUUUGUCUGCUUCAAAAUGUUCCUGAACAAUUUAAGAGGGAGAUAACUCUAUGUGCUUUAUGAUACAUUUCAUAGCAGAAAGAGCGUCAUACGUUGUAGUACAUCUCAAAAAAUUCCAAUCAUAUAUCCCGAGGAAGAAGAAAAUAAGCAUAUGUCUUAAGAGUGCAGAGAUACGGAUAGACCAGAACAGUCUUCAGUUUUGUCUGAAGAUGCAUUCUGAAACACGUGGAUUUUGAAUUCUCCACAAAAUAUCUAAAUACAUAAUAUAUCUUUCAACAGAUAUUUCAAUAAAAUUUGUAUCACAGGAAUAUGAGAGCCAUUUUGAUCUUACGGCUUCGUGUGUCCCAAAGCCCAUCACCACAUGCCUCUAGGGAAGUGCCAAAAAUGCAAUUUAGGAAGCACCAAUAUAGGAAAAAGAACAUUGGACUUUUUUGGUGAUAACAAUUAGGAUUUAAUCCUGAUUCUCUCACUGGACAAGUUAUCUGAGAUAGUCUUCUUAUGUGCAAAAUCAGAAUGACAUCCUCUGUGGGUAGAGGAGGUUGAGACAGGUGGAAGAGAGAGCCCAAAGAAGUUUCACCUCUCCCCAGCAAGGAGGAGUUUUCCAGAAUUGGUCAGUUUCAAGGUCACUUCUUGUCUGCCAGUGGGUGGGGGUUGCUAGGCACUAAAAUGUCCAGAGGUGGGUGAGGCCUCUUUUUGCUCUCUGCCUGCCUGACCUUCUCUGGCUCUGUUUCCCCAAGAUCUCAAGCAUCCUCACCUGCCCUUCUCUUGUAACAGAGUCAAACCUAGGUUGACAAGAUAUCAAAAUAGCAUGUGCGUUUAGAGGAAAGAAAGAAUUGCCUUAGGGCAGGUACUCCAUUCCACAUUUUCAGAGUUAUAUUAUUAUUAAGAUUCUCAUGGGAACACAGCUGGGUGACAGGAAGAAUUAAUUAAUGUUGGCUCUCUUGGCUAAAUCACUUGCACUUCUGAGUGGAUAGAUUUUUUUUUGAAUUAGUAAUGUAAUUAUAGAGCAUAAGUGGAUAUUAAUGGAAAUUAAUUCUAUUUCUUUGAACCCUGUUGUCCAGCUAUACCCUUCUCUAAAGGCUACCAGUGAUGUGAUAUAUUUAUGUAACCUUCCAACGAUAUUCUAUGCAAUUUUAGAUGUGUACAUACUAUGAUAGCAUACUGUAAAUGUGAUUCUCUCCAUUUUAUUUGUCGUUCUUGUUUUCCACUUAGCAAUACAUUUUAGAAUUCUUUCCUUAUUAGUUCGUAUAAGCUGCUUCAUUCUUUAAUGGCUGCAUAUUAUUCCAAUGUGUGGAUUAUACCAUAAUGAAUGGACCUAUGUUCCUAUUGAUGGACACGUCUCAUAUGUUAUGCUCGCACAUAUUAAAUUCAUCAAAGAAUUAAAAUCCAAUUUGGGAAUAGCUUCCA